AUGGCACUUCGCUUUGACGGAAAGGUGGCUAUUGUGACUGGUGCUGGUGGUGGUCUGGGCCGAACCUAUGCUCUUGAACUUGCUAAACGAGGAUGCAAAGUCGUAGUCAAUGAUCUCGGAGGUGAUGCUCAUGGAACCUCAGCUUCUACCUCAAUGGCCGAUAAG